CCCACCAACACCCGCGUACAUGCGCCAGCUCUCACUCCCACACAGAACACGCAAAAUCCAUCGUAUACAAUUAUUGGAAACCAUGAUCUCACAGAGGAUGAAAUAAAAAAAGGAAAAAGCAGCUUUAGUACUCUCAUGGAAAACAUAUCUUCACCUCCGCUCUCUAACUCUUUUUCUCACCGUUUCUUCCUCCCUCCCUCUCUGCAUGUCGCUUCUCUCUCAUCAAAAAUGAUGGUGUUGACUUAAAGUGAGGUUUUUUUGUAUAGUUUUCUAUGUUCUUCUUGUACUUUGUUUCACUGGUUUUGCUCACCUUCUCAGGGAAUGCGAUAGCUUUGCAAGCAAUUUGUGGGAAUAAUGGAGAGCAAGACGUGGAUAUGGAAUAGGAAGUCCACAGGGAAGAACAUUGAGAAAGGGAAGACCCUGAAGUUGGAGAAAUCUAUAGAAAACUUGAACGAACAACUAUCUUCUGUCCGCAGCGAGUCCAAUGCUAAAGAUGAUCUUUUGGCAAAGCAAGCAAAAGUAGCUGAGGAAGCAAUUUCAGGAUGGGAAAAAGCAGAAGCUCGAGCUCUUGCUUUACAGAAACAAUUGGAUGAUGCCUUGCUUCAGAAGAAAAUGGCAGAAGAAAGAUCAGUCGAACAGGAUACAGAAUUACAAGAAUUCAGGCAGCAACUAUGUGUUGUCAAGGAAGAUCAGCAGCUCAUAGUUAACAAUGCUUCCAUGAAAAUAUCAAGAGAACUGGAGAAGACACGCAUGGUAGAACAAAGGUUGGUCGGGACAAAUAAGAAGCUCGCUGAAUUGGUCACUGAAAAUGGAAACCUGAAAAGAAUCCUAGAGGCCAAAGAACAGUUGCUUGCAGAGAUGAAUGAGGCUAAAUCAAAUCUGGAAAAAAACUUUACUGAUGUGGUGUCCAGACUUGAUGCUUCAGGGAAACUCAAUGUGUCUCUGAAUUAUGAGGUCUGUGUGCUUCAGAAGGAGCUUGAGAUUCGAAAUGAGGAAAGGGACUUCAACCGGCGAUCAACUGAUGCUGCUCAUAGGCAGCACCUAGAGAGCAUCAAGAAGAUUGCAAAGCUUGAAGCUGAGUGCCAACGGUUGCGGGUCAUGGUUCGCAAGCGCUUGCCAGGGCCAGCAGCUUUAGCUAAAAUGAGAAACGAGGUCGAGGUGUUGGGUUAUGAUGAAUUAAGCAAGGAUGCGUCUUCUGUUGUCAAGAAACUUCAUGCAAUUGACAAUGAAAACAAGGUGCUCAAAGAAACACUGACCAAGAAAACCAAUGAACUUCAAGCAUCACGCAUCAUGUUCGCACGCACUGCAUCCAAGCUUUCUCAGGCUGAGACCCAACUUGAAGAUUUUUCUAGAGGAAAAACAAGCUAUGAACUAGCAAAGAGCAGUCCGAUGUCGUAUAACCUGCCAUGUUCUUCCAUUUCAGAGCAUGGUGGCAAUGAAGACAAUCUUAGUUCUGCCGAAUCAUGGGCUUCUGCUUUAAUUUCUGAGCUGGAGCACUUUAAAAGUGGGAAACCAAGUGCUCCAUCAUGCAAAAGUGUUGCAAUAUCAGAUUUAAGUUUGAUGGAUGAUUUUGUUGAGAUGGAGAAAUUAGCAAUAAUCACUGUGGAUAAACAUUUUGAUAGCUCACGCAGUGUGAUUGGUGAUAACAAUUUAUGUGUGGCCACUAAAGAUUCCGAAGCAGAAUGCAAGGAUCUUGUUGCUCUCAUGGAAGCCCCUGAUUAUAAGUAUUCGUCGCUUGAGAACUAUCCUAUUUGGCUUCAGGACAUUCUGAGGGUUAUUGUACAAAAGCAUCAUAUCAUGCAAAAAAGUUUCCAUGCCAUUCUUGAAGAUGUUCAAAGUGCUCUAGGUAAUUGGGAUUCUUCUAUUGUUGCAAAAUCCUACAGCGAGAAAGUUAUAAAAACCAAAAACACUUUGUCAGAUUCAGUCGAUGGAGCCAUCACCACAGACUCACCAAACAGAAAAAGGAGUUCCCGAUGUUGUGAGUCUGACUUGGAGAAAUCAGUUCACAAGCUUGUGGAACUAGUUGAAGGGAUCAUUCAGAAAAGUAAUGAGAGUAAAACUGGUCAAGGCAUAUCAUCUGGAGAUGAUGAUGGUCCUUCUUUACAUGAUAAUUUUGCAUCAGAAAAUGGAUAUACAGCUCGAACAUUUCUAUGGGAAAUAUCCAAUCUCACUUCUAUUUUACAGAAUUUUAUAGCAGCAUGCAAUGAUCUAUUGACUGGUAAGAUUGAUCUUCAAAAGCUGACAGAAGAGAUUUCUUCAACACUCGACUUAAUUAUAAGUCAUUCUUUUUCAAUUCAAGAUGUUACAGACACAAAAGUCACUAUUAGGAAACAUAUGGCUGUUGAUGAAUCAUACAGUGAGCAUGGACUUAAAUCUGUAUCGGUAUCAAAUGGUCUACCCAUCUUGUUCAGGGUGGAAAAUUUGGAAUCCAAACUGAAGGAUGAAAAUGAUCCACUAAAAUCUGAGAUUCUUAGUAUCAAGUCUGAAAGGAAAGAUUUGGAGGACAUUCUAAAAACAUUUAGUGCUCAGAAUGAAGCACUGAAAGCUCAGCUGCGGGAAUCAGAAGCAAAAGUUUCAAAUUCACAGAAAGAAAUUGGAAUACUUAAGAAAACCAGGGAGCAGAAUGAAGAACAGAUUGAAAAUAAAAAAUCCAUUAACGAAGACCUUGCGGCUAAGUUAGCGUUUGCAGAGGAUGAAUUGAAUGAAGCUCUUCAAAAGUUUGCAUCCCUUGAAGUCCAACUUGCUCAGAGAAACAACUGCUGUGAAGAAUUGGAGGCAACUUGCCUUGAACUACAGCUAGAGUUAGAAAGAGCUUCAUCUGAUGAAACUCCAAAACAUAUCAUGCGCCCAGAAGACAAGCAAAUCCAGAUGGAAUGUGGUAUAAUUGCAGCGACAGAAAAACUUACCGCUUGCCAGGAAACUAUCCUAAAUCUAGGGAAGCAGUUGAAAGCAUUGGCAUCAGCAGAUGAUGGACCUUUAUUCGACAAGGCGAUAUCUACAACCGUGAAGUCCAACCAUCAUCGCCUGCAGUUGCUUGACCAUAUGAGAGAAGAGGAAAAUCCAUCGACCAAACCACCACAUCUGCUAAUUCCAGCUUCCGAAAACACAAACCUCAGCCAUAAAAUCUCAUUGAGGAGUAUAGUUCAGAUGUCACCGGAGAAUAAUGCUUCCGACAAGGACCAAGGCGAGGUCAAUGAAGGAAUGCUCAUGAUUAUGGCUAAGAAACAAGAUGGAGGUGCAAGUCUGCUGAGAAAACUUUUGAUGCAAAGGAGAAGAAAAAGCAGCACAAGGCUUGAACUUCCAAUGGGUGCUCAAUAGCAGUCUGGAAACCUUCCAAGUUCCAAUUAGCAAGCAAGAAUAUAUAUAUUAUAACAAAGAGAAAGAAUGAUCAAGGUUUUAAAGCUUGCAAUUUAAGAAUGUCUUCUUGUAUGUAAUCCUUUUGUGCUUUCUGUGAAUGUUAAAUUGUUGAUAUGGAUACAAGUAUAUACACAAAUUUCAACAGCUUGAAGAUGAAAUAAUAAGCUACACUAGCUCUCAGAUGUAA